GACACACACCUGCCCGCCAUCCGCAAAGUCGCGCUCGGCUGGUUCGUCACCCUUGCCUCGCACAACGCAACCGCUGCCGAGCAAGCCUGUCGUGCUCGAGUCGGCAUUCGACAUGCUCGAUGCGCAGGUGCAGCAGAUCAAUAACACCCACGCACACGCACACGGACUUGGGCAUGCCCACGCGGGUCCGUCCAACUCCUACAACACCUUAGCGAGCUCUCCCGGCGUCCGACACACGAGCCUACCGAACGGAACGUUGAAUGGCGCUGCGCCUGCUGAUCCGAGUGGGCACGGGAACGGUCACGGGCUCGAAUACACGCAUAGUGCAGGAGUAUCGCGUCAAAGAGGCCACCCGGCGGCAGCUUGAACGCCUGGCCGGUAGGGUCAGCCCCGGCGCGAAGCUGCUGGCUUUUGGAAGCAUGGCGAACGGGUUUGCGUUAAGGAAUUCAGACAUGGACCUGUGUUACUUGACGGGGAGUACGCCUGAUCCUCAGCCGAGCGCAUCAGAGCUGGUCGAGAUCUUGGCGCAAUUGAUCCGAGAAGAAACCGAUUUCAACGUGAUGCCGCUCCCCAAAGCCAGAAUCCCGAUCAUCAAGAUUAGCCGAUCUCCCACUCCGGAUCUCCCGUACGAGAUCGCGUGCGACAUUGGAUUUGAGAACAGGCUCGCAUUGGAAAACACGAGGCUGUUGCUCAGUUACGCAAUGGUCGACCCGCCUCGAUUACGAACAAUGGUGCUAUUCUUGAAAGUUUGGACAAAGAGAAGAAAGCUCAACUCGCCAUAUACAGGGACGCUAUCGUCUUAUGGGUACACGCUCCUGGCUCUUUACUAUCUCACCCAUGUCAAAAAACCGCCUGUGUUGCCCAAUCUGCAACGAAUAUGGCCCAACCGGCCGCUUUCGCCAAACGAGGUGGAGAUGAACGGCCACGACAUUUACUUUUACGAUGACAUUGCCACGCUCCGCAACGAAUGGACCUCACAGAACACGGAGAACGUCGGCGAGCUGUUGAUCGAUUUUUUCCGCUACUUUGCCAAAGAGUUCAGCUAUUCCCGCGAUGUCAUCAGCUUGCGCACCGAGAACGGGACGUUUCCCAAAGACGGCAUCAACUGGACUGGAGAGCUCUGCAUUGAAGAUCCCUUCCAAGUCGGUUACAACGUUUCACGACCGGUCACAAAAGACGGCCUCUACACAAUCCGCGGCGAGUUCAUUCGUGCCAGCAAAAUCCUUUCCAACCGAAACCAGCGUGCGUCGACGUUGAUCGCCGAGCUCUGCAAAGAACGAGAGGACGGGCUUGCGCGCGCGCCGGAGAAUCCACGCCACCCGCAUCGCUAUCCUGGUGGCUACAGCACCUUUGACUCACCUGUACGGCGCCACUAUGCAAACGCAAGUGGGGUGGGAGGAUCUUUCGCGUUCGAGGCGAUGGCCCGAGGGCUAGGCAGGGGUCAGCAAAAUCCAUUGGCUUUAUUGCCUACCGCAGCAAUGCUGGCACCGCUGUCUCACAAUGGCGGGCUAACGGGCAAGCCUGCUCGCGGGCCGCGGCGGCGAGGGCAGCAGAACAACAUGUCAAGCGCAAAGAGCGAUGACGGGAUGCAGCAUUCAGGUUCCAAUACGCUCGUUGUGCCUUACAACAAUGGUGGCGCUGGCGGAGGCGUAUCACCUGGAGGAUACGUCCUGGACCAGGCGAUCGACCUGAGCGAAGAAGUGUCGGUAGAUUCAGCCACACGCUCUGCGCGUUCCUUUUCGGACACGCUUGCUCGCUCCAAAUCAUUACCGCGGCAAUCGAUCCUGACGGUGGCGAAUGGCAUCCCGCGCCAUUCCCAGCCGCCAUCCCCGAUGACGCGCCCACAGAUGCCGACAGCAGCGCCGGGCGUCUCGCCGCCCAUGACGGAGAUCCUAGCGGCCAUAGAGGACAUGUCGGUCCAGCAGGGCGAAACACCCGGUCGACAUUCUUCCAUCAGCGACACCGGUGCGUUGCUACAAGACAGCCCGUACGCGGAUGUCAGCACCCGCUCCUCGCCCUAUCAGUACCAGACACAUUCCCCUUGGACAUUCUUGCAGCCUUCCAUCGCACCCUAUGUUCCUUACACCGGCGGCGGUGCCGCAUCUGCAUCUGCACGUCCUUCGGCUAUGGCCGCUUCUGGCUCAUCUUCACAGCAGGGUGUGGGAGGAUGGGGCUCACAAGGAACAACGCCAUAUCUAGUCCAAGAGCCCGAGAGACUCAGCAGCAGCAGCAGCAGCCAGAACAGCAGUCGGAGGCCAAGCCAUGGGGACAACGUGGCCUAUGCAGAUGGGCAUUCCCUACCAGUGGGCGAGGGCGAAGGCGCGCCGGUAAAGAUAUUGCAUUCUCCCCUUGCGCUCCACUCGGAGGUAAUUGCAGGAAAGACACUGUAGCAUAGCGGAAGCAGCGAUCGCUAGAUCUAUCUGAAUGCACAUCCAUCGGCAUCCGUGCCUAAGAAGACCGUCGCCGUGUGUAUCGUGUAUUUCGAGUUAAUAUCCUCCUUUCGAAUAAGAGCUCCGAGCCUUAGUUAAUGUUCUGUCUUCGGAGUGCGGUGGUGGCGACGGCGAGAAUGAUAAAUCACGCACCACAAACCAACACCUGAAAGC